GACUAAGCUUGGAUGUUUCGCUACUUGAUUUGGUACCCUAAGUCUUGUAAGGCCUGAAUGACAUUUCUGGUGUUUAGAUGUCUCCAACUCCUCCAUCCAAACGACAAAAAAUACUGACCUCUACAGAAAACAACAAUAACAAUUUUCAUUCAAAUACCAGCAACAACUUGUCAAACGGGAUGGAAGCUAACGGAGAAGUUCCUGAUUUGGACGAAAGUCUUUAUAGUCGGCAGCUUUAUGUCUACGGGGCUGAAGGCAUGCGCCGAAUGGCAACAACAGACAUUCUAGUUAUUGGCCUGGAAGGACUUGGGCUCGAGGUCGCUAAAAAUAUCAUCCUAGCUGGAGUUAAAUCUGUAACGUUGUGUGAUGACACUCCAUUAUGUAUAGCUGACCUCACAUCUCACUACUUUGCGGACCUUAAUGACAUAGGUCAUCCACGUGCUGAAAUUUGUAAGAAUAAGUUAAGCGAGUUGAAUAAUCAUGUGUCUGUCCGCGUGUUAAACAAACAUAAACUUGGUGCUGAAGACUUUAGGAAGUUUAGUGUAGUGGUGCUGAACCAGGGAUCUGAGGACCUAUGUGUGGAGUAUGGAGACAUUUGUCGGAGUUUAGGUGUCAAAUUCGUCGUUGCUUCAACAUGCGGACUUUUUGGCAAAGUGUUUUGUGACUUUGGGACAGAUUUUGUAGUGUAUGACCCAACUGGUGAAGUUCCAUCUUCAGUCAUGAUUCAGCAAAUAGAGAAGAGCAAACAAGGACUUGUAACUUGUUUGGAGGAGACUCGUCAUGGGUUUCAGGACGGUGACUAUGUAACUUUUUCUGAAGUCAAAGGGAUGGUGGAGUUAAACGGUUGUCAACCCCGAAGAGUAACAGUUGUUGGACCUGAUGUAUUUUCCAUUGGUGACACGUCUAAUUUUAGUCCAUACAUAUCUGGUGGGAUGUGUACUCUUGUUAAAAUGCCAUUAAAAAUCAACUUUCUACCUUAUCGGACAGCUUAUUAUUCACCAGUUUUCAUGACGACAGAUUUCGUUAAAACUGAGCGUCCCGCACAAAUUCAUCUCUUCUUCAAGGCCCUCAGUGAUUAUAAGAAUAGCAACGGAUCUCUUCCUAAACCUUGGUGCAGGACUGAUUCCCGUACUUUUGUGGACUAUGUCCACAAAGUCAAUAGACAAAUGGAAAACACAAACGCUUCAGUCUCAUCAAUCGAUGAAAAACUAGCUAUGCUCUUUGGAUUCGUUUGUUCAGGUCAAUGUUCCCCCGUCUUGUCUUUUAUAGGGAGUUUCGCUGCCCAAGAAGUUAUGAAGGCUUGCAGCGGUAAGUUCACGCCGCUACAACAGUGGAUGUAUUUCGAUGCAACUGAGUGCCUCUCGAUGAGUUCAGAUGAAGAUUUCGUAGUCUCAGAGAAUGAUGCAAAGCCAAUUGGAUCUCGGUAUGAUGGUCAGAUUGCCAUAUUCGGACGUGCGUUUCAAGAGAAGCUGAAAGGAUUGAAGUAUUUUAUUGUUGGUUCAGGUGCAAUUGGAUGCGAGCUGCUAAAAAACUUCUCGUUGAUGGGUGUUGGUGCAGGACCGUCUGGAAAAAUUGUUGUGACGGACAUGGAUCUCAUCGAAAGAUCAAACCUGAACAGACAGUUCCUGUUUCGUCCAUGGGAUAUCCAUAAAAUGAAGUCAGUCGUGGCAUCAGCCGCUGCUAAAUUGAUAAAUCCAGAGCUUAAUAUUGAAGCUCAUGAGAAUCGUGUUGGACCGGAGACGGAGAAAAUAUAUGACGACGAAUUCUUCGAGAAAUUGGAUGGAAUUGCUAAUGCGUUAGACAACGUUGAGGCCCGCACUUAUGUUGAUCGUCGUUGUGUUUAUUAUCGCAAACCUCUUUUAGAAUCCGGAACCCUGGGAACUAAGGGUAAUGUACAGGUUGUUAUCCCUUAUUUGACAGAAUCUUACUCAUCUUCACAAGACCCUCCAGAAAAAUCAUUCCCUGCGUGCACUCUGAAAAACUUCCCUUAUCUGAUUGAACAUACCCUCCAGUGGGCACGCGAUCUGUUUGAAGGACUUUUCGUCCACCAGUCACAAGCAAUGAGUUCGUUUUUACAGGAUCCACCUGGCUUUUUAGAACGAACAUUAUCAAAUCAAGGAAAUCAACCUUUGGAAACACUAGAAACUUUGAAAACAAAUUUAUUAGACAAAAGACCAAGUAGUUUCGAAGAUUGUGUCACUUGGGCUAGAUUACUCUGGCAGGAUUUGUUUUCAAACACAAUCGCACAACUUUUGUUCAAUUUCCCUCGUGACCAUGUCACUUCAACUGGUUCUGAUUUUUGGUCAGGAACCAAACGAUGCCCUCAUCCAUUGCAGUUUGAUGUAGAAGAUACAACACAUUUGGAGUUUAUUUCGGCGGCUUCAAACCUUCGCGCUGAAUGCUAUGGUAUCCCUCAAUGUCGAAACCUGUCCAAGAUUUCCGAAAUUGUUCAAAGUGUAGUUGUCCCUCCGUUUGUUCCUCGAUCAGGCGUACGGAUUGAUGUAACCGAGGCAGAGGCUCAAGCAAGGUCAGCUGCACCUAUGACUGAUACAUCUCGACUUGAAAAACUUCAGAAAGCUUUACGUAGCUUCACUCAAUAAAAAAGUGAUUUGAUGCGUUUGGCGAUAUGGUCCAAAAUAGUUAGCAUAAGCGUAGGUGUUCCAAUUCUACAUUGACAUUUUCUUAUUUGCUUUGCCCUUUCUUAUACCCUUUGUUAUUCAAAUAUCCUUCCAUUAUUUACUCUGUUAAAAAUUGUGGCAACUCGAAUGUGUAAAUUUUAAUGUGAGAUUUUACACCAAUAUUUUCGUUCUAUAUAUUUAACCCUAAGAAGUAUACAAGCGCUUCAACUAAUGUCAAAAGAUUUAUUGGGUUAUGUCGAUGAUGUUUUCAAUAGUCACGAACUCCAAGUCUUAGUUGAUUACGUCUCUACACAAUAUUUGUUUACAAUCAUUUCUUCAGUGUGGUCUUACCACGGAAAAUCUAGGUGUAUUCAAUUUAUCAGAUAUCGUUUUUUUGAAGUACAAAUUGACUUCACUAAUGUGACCGACUAAUUAAUAAGUUGGAUGUUUAUUAGAUGACUAGAUAAUUUUUCUAAACUAUAAGUCCUUCUUUUUAAGUUAAAGGCGUUACAAAAUGACGCUACACUGGCACUAGGGUGUUUUGUUUUUAAGAAACUGUUGAAUAGCCUAAUAUUUUUGUGUUCGCUGUGAUUUCAUGUUUGUCGUUUUGGUUUCAUUUUUACUACAAAGGCAACACUUCAACAUUGCAUAUCAACGUAAUUGAAUUUGAGAAAGAUGAUGAUACAAAUUUUCAUAUGGACUUCAUCACCACAGCAAGCAAUUUAAGGGCCGAGAAUUAUGAAAUCCCUCCAGCUGACCGACUAAAAAGUAAAUUAAUUGCUGGUAAAAUUAUCCCUGCAAUUGCAACUACAACUAGUUUGGUGGCUGGGCUGGUAUGCCUAGAACUACUUAAGCUUGUUCAAGGACACAAAAAGCUCGAACUGUUCAAAAAUGCUUACGUCGAUUUAGCGUUGCCCUUUACUUCAUUUUAUGAACCUGUAGCACCUAUCAAGUCAAAAUACUACGAUACAGAAUUUUCUUUAUGGGAUCGGUUCGAACUUACAGGCCCUAUGACCUUGCAAGGUCUAAUUGAUUACUUCAAAGAUAGUUUGAAGUUAAAUGUAACAAUGCUAUCGCAAGAUGUUUCUAUGCUCUAUGCAUUCUUCAUGCCAGAAGCAAAGCGUAAGGAACGUCUAGUUAUGUCGUAAGUUCAUUUUAUAGUUUUGUUUCAUAUUUUACGGAUACCAUAGAUAACCGCAUAGUAUUUAGGUGACAGUUGACCAACGAUGUAUAUCUUUUUUGAAUUAAAUAGUUCGAAAGCAUUUUUUGAGCAGAGAUGGAUAGUGAUGGUAGCCGUCAAUGGAAUAGAACUGCUAGCCACCACCCAUCUCCCCCCGAGAAAAUGCUUUUGACUUAGUUGCAAUAUCUAGGCAGAUAUACCCAAAGAGGCUGGUCAACUACAGUCCAAAACGUCAAUGGGAAGAUUCAAAUAACCAAUAUAUGUAGAUUAAAUGGUUCAAAUUUAUGAGAUUAAUUUGCCACUAAAUACAAUAUCAAAUCGGUUAGUUGUAGAUUAGUUGGUGACAAAACAAUUUUUGAUGUGGUGGGUGUUGUUUUCGUUACAUGUGUUUCUCAGAGAGUAUGGAGUACCAUUGUUGUUUAUUGGACACUACUUAGUUGUCGGAAACAAGAAUUUAGAUUGAAAUGUUGGGAAAGAUUUGAGCUCAGAUGGAUGAUCUCAGUAGAGUUUCGUUCUCUAAUAUGGAUGGUUUAGUUCUGGAGCUUUCGUUGUCCUUCUGGAUAACAUCAGUAAAUAAUUCCGAUGGAAGCGAAGUACUCGAAUUUCUUCACAUUUAAUCAACAUCACUAAAAACAUAAAUUUGAAUUUUAUUUUGCAUGCAAUUAUUGCACUGAAAUUUCAACAGCUUGGUAGUUGUCAAAAUGGUUUUAGAAAAUGUAUGUAUUAAAUACUUGUUGUGUGUUGGUUCUCAGCCACAGUUACCAUGUGUAAAUGAAGUGUUAGGUCCGGAUACAUCUGAGCUGGAUUGGUACUUUUUAAUGACAAAGUGUAAUAGUUAAGGAGUAAAAUAUGGUAGUUCAGAAAUACAUCCUAUUUUCGUCAUAUUCCUAGAUUAAAAGGAUCGGGUUAUUAGAAAGGUUUGCUUAUUCGUCAGUCAGUCAUAAUCAGCGCAGAACCUGGCAUAUUUGUAUAUCGGUUCAAGUUGCCAUGCACUAUUAGCACAGCAAGACAAAAUCGUUAGAACAAACCAUAGACUAGUAGAAUUAUUGACCGUAAUAAUGGUAGUUUAAAGGAUUAGCUGUCGAAGUUACAAUUCAGUAAAUAAUUAUAGAUUAGUGGGAUAAUUUUAUAGGGUAAUCUAGAAACUUAAGAACUAAGACAAGACAAGGAGUGAAUGUACUUGCGUCAUUGGAAACGAUUUAGAACACUAUCACUUGAAAGCCAACCAUUGUUUACGAUGAUCAAGCCUACCUCAACCAAGUAGUCUACAUUUACCUAUAUUAGCCAGUCGAACAGUCAUUAUCUUCAUGGACUGAUACCCAAGUCUUGGCUCGAACUCCGCUAGCUUCUAGACUACUACGCCAUCCGUUAUCGCUCAUCGAGGUAGUUGGUGGAUGAGGAUACGGAACACAUGUUUUCACCAUCUCAGUAGAUGUAUAUUCGCUAUAUUAUCUAUCCAUUAACCAUCAUUACCUCGUACUAUGGGUAUAACCCUAGAAUUGCUAUCUCGUAGUCUUCAAAAUAUACGAACGAUUGUUUGAAGACACAUUUAGUUGAAUAUUAGUAACCUAUAAAUAUCCUUUUCUAAGAAUCACAUUUACAACCAUGAAAUAGAAUGAAGCAAUUUAGUUUUUAGUUCAAUUGUUGUUCCUGUCUAUCAAGGACAAUCAUUUCGAACCAGCCAACAUUUCGCAAAUAUAUUCUCUCUGUAUAUUUCCAUAUGUUUCACAAAUUGUAUUUUCUUUUCUUUCUGUUCACUCAAAACCUAUUUGACUAAUACAUAUAAUAUUAUGGAGACUAACCGAUGUACAUGUGUUCCCGAUCCUACGUUGUUGUAGCCGACUAACUGACUGACGGAUACGUACAAUAUCAUGAAAGCAUUGGUUAGGAGCUCAAGAUUUUUAUAAUACUCAAUCAGGUGUUAUUAUUAGUGUGAUUAACUUCUCUAAAGUUAUGUGUUUCGCAGUAUUUUUGUAUAUUAAACAUGAACCAUGUCUAUCAUUUCUUUGAAUGUUUUCAUUUCAAAUCAAUAUAAUUACAUCGUAAAUCUUGGAGUAACAUACAAGGAGCCCAUGCCGCUAGUUUAUGGGGUGAUCACUGAAUUCUCUUUCACUUUUACUUUAAUGCUAAGUGAUUAGAAAAUAUCAAAGUCCCAUAGAAUGAUUAUCCAGUUUUCUAUUGCUUAAAUGUGUAUUUUUUUCAGAUUAAAAGAUCUGGUGGAAGUAGUCAACAAACGCAAAAUACCUCCCCAUGUUAAAGUACUGGUAUUUGAUGUCUGUUGCAGUGAUGAGCAUGAUAAAGAUGUUGAUGUGCCAUAUAUCCGCUAUGUACUGGAACCAGCCAAAUAAAGUUCAUUUAUUCAUGUCUUUCUCAAAUAAUACAGGUUUCAAAUUGAUGAUUACUCCUUUACGAAACCAAACUAUUUUUCACCCAUUUUAAUUUAUGGAAUAUUCCAAAGACAAUAUAUGCUUUCCCUAUUAUUUGUGUACUAGCUGUGUAUGAAUUAACACGCAAAUAAAAUGAAUAAUCAAUUAAUUUUUAUGUAUUCUGAGAAUACAGAAAGCUAUGGACAUAAUCUUUUUACUCAAUUUUACCGUAUAUCAAUUUGUAUAAUCUAAGUUGAUAUUUAUGUCGAGCAUCAGUUUUUUCUCUGCAAUCGACUCAUUUUUCGUAUAGAAAGCUUUAAAAUAUAUGUUUACUUCCGGAUGAUUUAACUUGAUGGAUUAUUUUCUUUAUCAGUUUUCUUUAUUCAAUGUUCUAAUUUCGGAGUGUUAGUUAUCAGCAAUAUUUACAAAUACAUGGUUUACGUUACUAGC